AUGGAAACCCAGGUUUAUAUUCCUUACAUCCCGACUCCAGGCGGCGUGCGGCACUCUCCACCACUGCACAAGAUGAGCGAUCCCAAAGAGCGAUUUUACCGCCAUUUUCAGACCGAGAUUACAGCAAUCCAAGAUCAGAUCGAAGACCUAACAACCCUGUCCCCAGUCAACGGCGAGCGUCAUGACUGCGUCGACACCGUCCUCGCUGGCAUCUCGCGCCUCUCGAACGAGGUGACGGACGCGCUCGACUUCAUCCCCGCCUACGACCAGCGCGCCUACAGCCAGGCGAUCAAGGCCCUCACGGAGAAGUUGAACGAGGCGACCGGCAAGUUCGCGCCCAAGGCUCGCUUCCAGUUCAAGCCCCGCGCCCCGAAAACCGCCGCAGCCGGCCAGGAGACGACACCGGACUCGAGGGGCUUUGCGCACCGCCCGGCGCAACGGAGCGGCGAGGACCGAGAUGAGGAAGACGACGCCGUCGGCAAGCUGCCCACGUUCGGGCGCAACUACAACGAAGAGAUCACGCGGCCGCCGGUGAACGGCGCGAGCACGGGGUCCGUCCGCAAGCCCAGUUUCUCGACGGCCAAGAACAUCGCCAUCUACGAGCAGACGGGGCUGCACAUCAUGCUGCCGUCGUCGGCGUCGCGGGCGACGUCGUCCGGGUCGCUGACGCAGCUGGACCGCUGCGUCGUCGACAUGACGGUGCCCACGAGCGCCAGCUCGGGCGUGCCGUUCGCGGGGCUCGCCAUCAAGGACAUCCGCGGGAGCCUGCUGGUGUGCGGGACCGUCGCCGGCCCCGUGCACAUCACGGGCGUCCGGAACAGCGUCAUCGUGGUCGCGGCCCGCCAGGUGCGCGUGCACGAGUGCGACAACGUCGAUAUCUACCUGCACUGUGGGAGCCACCCGAUCAUCGAGGAUUGCAAGGGCAUGCGGUUCGCGCCGCUGCCCGAGGCUUAUGCUGUCAAGACCCAGGAGGCUGGCAAGAACCAGUGGGAUCAGGUCGACGACUUCAAGUGGCUCAAGACGGAGCCGUCGCCGAACUGGUCCGUAUUGCCCGAGGAGAAGAAACUCCCCGAGGAAGUGUGGACAAAGGACAUCUGUGGGAACCCGAGCAUGAGGACGGACGAUAUCCUGCGGAAGGUUGGAGUUUUGAGCUGA